AUGACUGUGGCAACUGCCUCAAAAACCCGAAAGCCCAAAACUAAUAACUUUACCUCGAUUUUGGACCUGUUCUUAGAAAAAUAUAACUUGUCCGCUGAAUCUAAUCCAUCACAAUUACGUGUAUAUGCUAGUGAACUUGGUGACAUGUUACCAGAUUGGAAAGCUCGCAAAAGUGUGAAAGAAGCUCUUCGCCGACGCUUAUUCAAAGAAGACCAGAUCAAGGCUCUUGUACUGGAUAAAAGGAAUGAAAAACUUACUAUCAAAGAGAGAGCUCAAUACUGUGCGAAAUCUGGAGAUCCAUAUGAUAUUUACUUACAUGCUUUAGAUUUAAUCAAGACAAAAAAUGAUAGUGAUGAAGAAAUU